AUGGGAACUUUUCUAUCUACGCAAGGGAUUCCGCGAGGCUCUUGGGACAGCCACAUGCAUGUGGUCGACCCAUCCACGUAUCCCCUCGCCAAAGACGCACUCUACACGCCCAAACCACAUCUCCUCUCCCAGGCCCUUCGCUUCGAAGCAUCAACCGGAAUCCGCAAUAUCGUCCUGGUGCAACCCUCCAUAUACGGAACAGACAAUUCCUGCUUGCUAGACGCUCUGCGAGUCUUGGGACCCCGGCACGGACGGGCAGUCGUUGCCUUUGACUGCGACACGAUAGACACCGUAACCUUAACAAAAUGGCAUCGGUGGGGUGUAAGAGGAGUCCGCGUCAACACACAAUCAAUCGGUAAACAUAUCGAUGUGGAAGAGCUGGUGGCUACACUACGCAGAUACGCAGAUAUCAUCCGGCCCUACAACUGGGUCUUGCAACUCUACGUACCACUAGCUACAGCCGAGAUCUUAGAGGAUAUUGUCCCGCAGCUAGGAGUGCGAGUCUGCUUGGAUCAUUUUGGAUCUCCUGAUCUCCUGGACGUCUCGACGUAUACCGACGAUGACUCGGACCCGUAUAAUCUGCGUGGGUUCCGUUCGCUGGUGAAGCUGCUGCGCCAGGGCAGCACGUAUGUUAAGCUUUCGGCGCCGUAUAGGAUAAGUCGGGAUAAUAAUGCCUGGAAGGACUUGGAGCCUGUUGCGAGGGAAUUGCUGAAGGUUGCUGGGAUGAGUAGGGCGGUUUUUGCUAGUGACUGGCCGCAUACGCGCUUCGAGGGGUUGGAUAUCAAGCCCUUCGUGGAGAUGUUGUUGGACUGGUGUGGGUAUGAUGAGGUUCUGGUUGAGAGGGUGUUUAGAUGCAAUGCUGAGGAGUUAUGGCAAUAG